AUGAAUCUAUCCGAUGAUUCAAGUGUUACGGAGUCCGACAGAACCCCAUUUCUUUCUAGGGAGGAGUGUGCGGUGUCAUCCACAGGUGACAAGAGCGACCUAUUUGCGAAGGCGCGGAAAAAGCAUUACCAAUGCAGCCUUUCCCAAGCUAUCACAUACCUGCUCGCGGUGUGGGGUUUCAUCUCAGUCUGCUAUAACACAUACCGUUUGAUUUCGACAUCUCUAUCUCCCCACACGCCAUCACCAGACGCCGCAAAAACGCAGGAGGUAGACUCGAACCCACAUGAUCAUCAUCCGGAAGCGCUUCCACACGGACUAAAUGUUUGUGACUGCGGCACCACAAUUCAAGAGGCCCUUAGCCUCAACUGCAUCUACGACUCCCUAUCCGCAGCCUGGCUUCCUCCGUACUGCCGAGAUGACGAAUUAACGGCGCAGUUCGAGCGGGCUGGUCCCGGCCCCAAUGGCACAUGGAGCUUUUUCUAUGACGAGAACGGCACGAUACCCAUCAGCAAGGCAGAAAUUGCCACGUUGGGUGAGACGGGAGGUUCGUUCUGGGCCUCUGAGGAGUGGCACGCCGCGCACUGUCUCUUUUACUGGCAAAAAUACUAUAGGAUGAAGGAUACAGGCGUGAUCCUGGAAGCCCGAUUUGAUAGUUUACAUCAUGUAAAACACUGCACUCAGCUUAUCAUGGAUCCUGGUCCGGGUUAUUUUGUCCUGAUCGAGGUGCCAGUGGUGAUGAACUCCAGCGCUAAUGCCGUGCGGACGACAAAAGUUUCGGGUCCGAUUCCAGGUCAGGCACGUUUUUAG